CCUCCUCUCUCUUCUCUUUUUAUUGUUUCACAGAUGCCACUGGAGUAGGUAACCUGAUCCAACUCUGAAGAACUCAGAGAAGGAAGGAAAACCUUCUACUUGAGCAGUUUUUCCAUUCCUGACAUGCACAGGCUAUGAAGACACUGCCAGCCAUGCUUGGAAUUGGGAAAUUGUUUUGGGUCCUCUUCCUAAGCCCACAUCCAGACAUUUGGAGCAUCCAUGGGGAAGAAUCAUGUGAUGUACAACUUUACAUUAAGAGACAAUCUGUACACUCUGUCUCAGCGGGAGAUCCCUUUAAACUGGAAUGCCCUGUGAAAUACUGUGAUGACAGGCCUAAUGUGACUUGGUGCAAGCUCAAAGGAUCAGACUGUUUAGAUCUUGGAGAUGGAUUUCAACCACACACAAGUUGGAAAGAAGACAAGAAUAUUUCAGUUUUUAUCCUACAUUUCGAACCAGUGUCUCCUAGUGACAAUGGGUCAUACUGCUGUUUUGUGAAUCUUUCGUCAAAACUCAUUACAAGCCACUCAAUAACCAUUCAUGUGACAGAACAAAUUCAAAAUAAUUCAGAACUCCCUUUAAUAAAUUCAACCAGUGCCUCAGGAAGACCCUCCAUGGAAGAGAUGGAAAACACACCAUGGCUUCUUUAUAGUUUGCUUCCUUUGGGGGGAUUGCUUCUACUCAUUACCGGUUUCUGCCUGUUCUGCUGCCUGAGAAGGCACCAAGGGAAACAAAAGAAGCUCUCUGAUACAGCGAGAAGGGACAUUAACAUGGUUGAUGUUCCCCAGCCCUUUAAGACUGAGCAAACAGAAGAGGGCACUGGACAAAAUUCCCAAACACUGCCAUCAGAAACUGGAAUUUAUGAUAAUGACCCUGAAACUUGGUUCAGGAUGCAGGAAGGGUCUGAAGUUUAUUCUCAACCACACCUGGAGGAAAACAAACAUGGCAUUGUUUAUGCUUCCCUGAACCAUUCCAUCAUUGGAAUAAGCCCAAGACAGGCAAGAAAUGUGCAAGAAACACCGACAGAAUAUGCAUCCAUAUGUGUGAGGAGUUAAAUCUGGUCCUGAUUCCAACCAGUGAUGGUUCCAUGAUCAGCAGGUCAACACCAUUGUCUGGGCCCAAAAGGAUGUCAAAUAAUAUUUGUUAACCUGACAGGUUUCACUUUAAAAAGGUUCAUGUUAGUGUUUGGGCCUUAUGAGUCCACAGUACAAAUGAUUCAAAUUUCUCUUGGAAACUCCUUUGGGAAACUUUUACAUUAUAGUCUUUAACAACAAAAAUUUCUCUGCAAAAUUAAUAGCAUGAGUAGCAGAAUAGUAGAUAUUUAAACAUAGCUGAGUUUUAUUCAAUAUAAAAAACUCAAUCUUUCUUUUGGAACAAUCAGAAAGACUUGUAGGAACGAGAGGUUUGUGUUAUCUGGAUCAGUUCAAUACAAAAAGAAAAAAAUGUCCCAAUUUGACUAACCAUGAAUACAGAAAUGAUUGUACAUUUCCAGUCAAUCUUCCACAAUAAGAAAUUUUCCUAUGUCAAGCUAAGACUGGUGUUUCUUAAAGGUGAAGGGGAAAUCAUUUUAGACUUGAUAUAGAAGAGAAUGGAAAGGAUAAAAGGUGCAAUAAAGAUAUAGGAUUUAUCAAUUGGAUAUGGAGUGGAUGUUUCCCAUACCUGGCAAACAAAUGCUUAUAUCUACCCUGUUAGAUUGGUAAGCAAACACAGUAAUUAAUGGAGCAAUCAAUGUAUAGUGCAUUUUUGAGCAAAGUGGUGACUCAGUAUUUGGGUUACAUAGACUAAUGGGUAUGAAUGUGACAUAAUGCUGCUGGUUUAAUAUAACUGUGAGUAUCUAAAUAAACAAAUUAGUAUAAAUAUGAAUUAUUAGGCAAAUGAAGAUUAAUGGCUUCAACUACUUCAUGCUUGACUUGAUAGCAAAUUAAAAGCAUAAUUAAUGGAAUAAAGAAAAGGCCAGAAUAUUUAGUAGGUUGGUAGGGGGUCAACAUACUUUCAUUCACCGCAUCUGUUUUGCUUUUAUUCUUACUAAGGAAUAGAGGCAAAUCAUAUGCAGUGAUGUAUUAUAGUUUGAUAAUCAUUCAUUUUAAAAAACUGAGGUUGCAGCCACUUAAGAGUAUAGCAAGAGGGGGCCAGGCACAUGGUGUGUGCCUGUAGUCCCAGCUACUCAGGAGGCUGAGGCAGGAGGAUCACUUGAGCCCAGGAGUUGAAGGU